AUCAGUGAAGCAGCUUUUUUUGUUCUUUAACAAAGGAAACCUCAAACGUAAUAUAUUCCAGGUGGUUUGUGGACUUUUUUCUGUCCUAAAUAAAUAUUUCCGUGUUAAUUGUUGCUUAGUUUACUAAAAAAGUAUAUUUUUAAAGGUUGUUCAGAGGCUACAGAGUGAUGUUUGUCUGUAAUCAGAGCUGAUUAACCUCAGCUGUGAUCCUCCAGCCUCCAGGUUACCGAGUAGGGAAAAAAAAAGCUAUUGAAAAUGCAGCAAACAACGCGUCUUGUUUUUGUUUAUUCUGCGGUUCUGGUUGAAGUCCUGUACAGAACCGGGUCAGUCGGGGGUUACUCGUAUCAGUCCGAACCUUUGUUCCGGUCCUACGCGGACCUGGAAGCGGCUUCGGCGUCGGGGCGGCCUAGUUCCGCGGAGGUCUACGUGGUGAGGUGUGAGGCGGACAGCGUGGAGGUGGUGGUAAAAGCCCCCCCUGAUGACAUUGGGUUCUUUGAGGAGUCCGCGCGGCCCAGGCUCGGGCUGUCCCGCGCGCGAGACCACUGCGCCGCCAGGCUGUCCGCGAGCGGAGACUACGUCAUCCACGUUCCGCUGACAGAGUGCGGGAGUUCAAUGAUGUUUACACAGAGUGCUGUACUUUUCAGCAACCUGCUGCUGCUGCCUCUCCCCUCAUCAGCCGUGGACGUGGAGGAGGCCGCCAUUCCUGUGCUGUGUCAGUAUAAAAGGAAGUACACGGUGAGCAGCGGCGAGCUGAGGCCAACCUGGACUCCUCACAUCUCUGUGCAGUCCACUCACCUGCAGCUGGACUUCCGCCUCAGACUCAUGACGAGUGACUGGAGCUCUGAAAGGAAAUUCCCCGUCUACUUCAUGGGAGAAACGGUCAACAUGGAGGCCUCCGUGGAUCAUCCCAACCCUUCUCUUCGCCUGUAUGUAGGCAGCUGCGUGGCCACCCUGACCCCCGAUGUGACCUCUCACCCCAGAUACCCCUUCAUAGACCACCGCGGAUGUUUCACGGACUCCCUGCUGAGCGGCUCCAGAUCUCGCUUCCUGCCCAGAGUUCAGGAUCAACUCCUCCAUAUUCAGCUGCAGCCUUUCCUCUUCCACCAGGACCACAGGCGCAAUAUCUACAUCACCUGUUACCUGGAGGCUGCUCUGGCAUCAGAGCACCGGGCGUGCUCCUUCAUCGAUGGGAGAUGGAGGUCAGUGGAUGGAGAAGAUAGUGCAUGUGAGAGCUGCAGCAGCCCUGAAGAGGCUCACAGCAGCGCUGCUGAGCACGGCCACAAGAGGGCGCAGAGGAGUCAGUGGGGGCACGCACACACCGAAACCAUCGUGGGUCCGAUCGUGUUUCUCCCGGAGCGCGACGACUAUGAAAAGAAGUGAUUCUGUCUGACUUUGAGAACAGACACAAAGUUACAGAACAUCUGAAUAAUUUGCAGUUUUUUUCAUAAAAAAUCCAAAAUUAAAGAAAAGCUGUUUAGAUGCUG